AUGACGUCAUACAACGCGUCGACGAUCAUCGAUUUUCUCGGCUCCGGCACCGACCAGCAAAAUGAUCUGAGCGGCAGCAUCUCGUCAAUGCCACAGCCAAAAGGCCGACGAACACCGCUGCAAGACGUCGACCUAAACACCGACUUCGACACCCUCGACGAGCCCGUUUGGGACACGAUAAUGCGUGACGCGCGAACAAUCGGCUCCAAGUUCACGCAUGUACUUUUCCCGGGAUCGAGGGACAAAACUCAACUGCUAAGGGACUGGGAUCUCUGGGGACCGCUCUUUAUCUGCGUAUUUCUAUCAUUAUUAUUGCAUAGCCAAGGCGGCGAGGCGGCUCCACAAUUCACCCAGGUUUUCACCCUGACAUUUUUCGGCUCGGUUAUCGUCACGUUGAACAUCAAGUUGUUGGGAGGGCAAAUCUCGUUCUUCCAAUCUCUUUGUGUGAUCGGCUAUUGUCUUCUGCCUCCAUCGCUUGCCGCUCUUCUCUGUUCGAUCAUCGGAAAGGGGAAUCUUUUCGUCGUCCAUUUAACCCUCACCGCUGUCGGCUUUCUGUGGGCAACGUAUGCCGCUAUGGGCUUCCUCUCGUCUCUUCAGGCUCCAAAACGGCAACUUCUCGUCGUCUACCCGAUUUUUCUUUUUUAUUUCAUUGUUAGCUGGCUCAUUCUCUCGCAUACA